UCCACACAUGCACAUGCACGUCAACCCCACGAUUCGCGAGCAACCUCUCUCCAUUCUCCACCACAUCCACCACAAUGCCGGUAACCGGUCUCUACUUCAUCGCGGAGCAAACAUCGACCAGCAACUCGCCGCCCAUAAACAUCACGCUCUUGGACCGGCUCCAGAAGCGGCACCAGCCGAUAGCCGCAGGAGGGUACCGCCUCGACCACCGGCUCCUACGUUCCACCGCGCCAUCCAGCGGCUCCAGCGGCUCUAGCGGCGGCCCCGACGGCUCCAGCGGGGGCGGCCCCUCCCCACCGGCGUUCCUGCAGUACCUCGAGAUCCCGCACCUCUCGCCGAUCCCGUUCGCUUUGUGCGGGAGCGCAAUCGUGACGAUCGACCGAGACUUCGCGCAGAUCCUCAAGACGAAGCUGAGCACGCUGUGGACGCUGCGGCAGACGCUGCGGGCGGAGGGCCACUGCUACGAGGUCGACGACUUCCGCGUGCGCGUCGGCCGUGUCAUGGGUGAUCAGGUGCGCGGCGUGGUCGUCGAGGUCGAGUAUCUGCCUGUUGAUACCAUGAAUGCCGGCGAGGCCGUGCUGAAGGACUUUAUUGAGGGACUACAGCUGCCGUUUCCUGGCAGGUGGGUGCUGGGGACGGAGAAGACGAAGGAGUGGACCGUGCUCGAUACCGGGAGGCUGUAUUGUGAGCUGUUAAGGUUCCGAUGAGAUGGGAGCGACGGUUUGGCGACGCGCCUGGAGUGCGAGGUCAUGCUGCUGCUGGAAAAACCGUACAGUCAUUAUCUCUCUGAUUUCCUGGCGCAUAUCCGAAAGAUGCGUGAGAGCCGAGCACAUACAAGGCCUAAAUGACUCCAUUGUGAAUGGGAUAUCCUUACAGUACUCAAGAGAGCAAGCAAUUACAUGUGUACAUAACAGACCCCUCCACAAUCGAGACCCCUCUCGUACGAAU